GACGGCUGCGCACUGGAACACACAGAGGCGCACUCGGGCCAUAUCAUAACGCAUCCAGUCGCAACGGGACACGCGCGCGGUGGGCUCGCGCUCCAAUCGAAUCAAAAUCGAAUCGGAUCGAAUCAGUCACGGCGGGUGGUUGUGUGUGCGUGUGUGUGCGCGAGAGAGAUAUAUAGUGUUGGGGCUGUGAGUGAGUCCGUGCGAGACGAGCAUCGGAAAAAGCACGGACCAAGCACAAGCCAGAUAAAAAAAAAACUUAAAAAAAAACUACACAAAUCAUCGAGACAAGGAUUUUCAAAUUUCGCGCGCCCCAAUUCCCCGGCAGCGCGCGGCAUGGGGCUCGCCGUGACCGUGCUGUGGGUCGUCGGCGCCCUGGCGCUGCUGCAGCUGCUGUGGAGCCUGAGGAACAGGCGCCUGCUGCAGCUGGCCAACACCCUCCCCGGGCCCAGGUUCCUGCCCGUCAUCGGCAACUUCUUCAGCAUCCUCGCGAAUGACUUUGAUUUCAUCAAGAUGGUGUACGCGUACCGCUCGCGCUACGGCCACCUGUACCGCAUCUGGCUCGGGCCGGCCUGCUACAUCAACCUCUCGCAGGCCAAAGAUGUCGAGACCAUCAUGAGCAGCCAGAAGUUCAUCCACAAGAGCCGCGACUACGCACACCUGCACCCGUGGCUGGGCACGGGUCUCCUCACCAGCACGGGCUCCAAAUGGUUCCACCGGCGACGCAUCAUCACCCCCACGUUCCACUUCCGCAUCCUCGACCGAUUCAUGGACUCGUUCAACCGCAACUCAAACCUCAUGGUGGAGAACAUGUCCAAGGAAGACGGCAGGCCAGCCUUCGACGUGCACCACUACAUAUCGCUCUGCACCCUGGACAUCAUCUGCGAAUGCGCGAUGGGAACCAAAGUUAACGCCCAGGUCAAUUCAACGAAGCAGAUCGACUCACCUUACGUCAAGGCAGUCAACAGCAUGUGCUGGCUCGUGUACUUCCGAGGCAUCCGCCCGUGGCUGUUCGUCGACUCCAUCUUCAACCGGACGGCCCAGGGCAAACUGUUCAACAGCAACCUCAAGACGCUGCACGCCAUGUCCAAAGACGUAAUCAGGAAGCGCAAGUUGGAGUACGUCGAGGACCGUCGGCGAGCCUCUGCGGCGGCGGCGCAAGGGAACGGGCCGCCGGCCGCCAGCAGGCGCGCCAAGGGGCUGCCCACGCCACCGGUCACCAGGACCGAGUCGGAGGUGCUCGAGGCCAAGGUGGACGCCGCCACCGGACUCGGCCCGGACGAGGACAACGUCUACGGAAGGAAAAAGAGGAGCGCCUUCCUGGACCACCUCCUCGAGCUGGCCGAGACGGAGAACCUCAGCGACGAGGACAUCAGGGAGGAGGUCGACACCAUCAUGUUCGAGGGGCACGACACCACAGCGGCGGCACUGAGCUUCGCGGCGUACUCCUUGGCCACCAACCAGCACGUGCAGGAUAAGCUGUUCGACGAGAUGCAACACAUCUUCGGGGACUCUGACCGGGACGCCACGUACCAGGACCUGGCCGACAUGAAGUACCUCGAGCGCGUCAUCAAGGAGACCCUGCGGCUGUACCCCAGCGUGCCAAUGUUCUGGCGAGACAUCCGAGAAGAGGUCACCCUCGGCAGCGGAUUCGUCCUCCCGGCCGGCUCCACGGCGUGCUGCAACAUGUACAUGCUCGGCCGCAACCCGGACGCCUUCGAGGACCCGGAGCUGUUCGACCCGGACCGCUUCCUGCCGGACAGGUGGAGCGGGAAGCACCCCUUCGACUAUACGCCCUUCUCGGCCGGGCCCAGGAACUGCGUCGGCCAAAAGUUUGCGAUGCUGGAGAUGAAGGUGACCCUAUCAAAGCUGGUCCGCAACUUCAGGCUGCUGCCGCCGCCGCAGCGCUUCAGCCUGGAUCUGGCCGUCGAAGUGGUUCUCAAGUCCAGAUCCGGGGUGAUGCUCCGAGUCGAGAAGAGAGCGCUCAAGCCCUCAAAGCCGAGCAGGAACAGCGCCUAGAGAGGGACCGUUUGGUGUGAAAAGCCAAAAUUACUAUGCCAAACGUUCGGCUCCUCACGGUCAAAAAACAAUGUCUGUUUUCGUUCUGUUUUUUAAGAAAAAACUUAGGUUCAAAUUCCCAUUGGGAUAGCAAUGGCAACGCGAUUUUGAUCAUCAGUUCUUGUGGCCAUGACAAUACUAUGCAUGGCCAUGGCUAUUUUAUAGUCCUAAGUUACAGAUUUUUUCAAAGUCAACUUAUGGGAGUUUCCUUAAGACGUUGUUUUUACCGUACUCUGUCGAACACUUGAAAGUGCGCUACUACCAUAUUAAAGAAUUGUACCAUCAGUAUACGCGCUGUUGCGCGGACGGUCUUAUUCUAAACAAGAACUUUUCAAAUAAAGGAAACAUUGUAAAAGUGCAAAAGAGCACAUAUGAGAGACGCUGAAUUCAAGUUUUAGUUUGUCUAUUUAUUGAAGAUGAAGGUAAUUUAGGGGUGGGACUAUAAAAACAUUAUUGGCCAAGACGCGGUUCUAAGUAGGACCAUUGCAAAUGAAUGAAGGUUGAGGAAAAGUUUGCAGCGCCGGAGCCAAUGGGAAACACUGUCGUACUUAAUGGCGCCCUCGAGGCAUCAUCUGUCGACACCUUCCACCCCACUUAAAAAAAAGUGGUAAGGCCGACGGCAGCAAAUCCCUCAAAGGCAGAGCGACAAAAUGAACAAAAAAACAAAACAACGACCUAAUGGUGGUCGUGUUGUGUGGGGACUUCCGGAAAGCCGGAACCAUUUCCAGACAGCACCCGCACGCGCUGCACGACGGAAGACGACGGGAGGCGGGGCGGGGCGACGACGUCCAACGACCGGCAAGUGCGGCUCGCGGGACGAUUCAAAAGAACCGCGCCAGACUGUGUUGUUGCGGAGGACGCGUGUUUAGUGAGUGUGUUUGUUUUUUAAAAUGUGUAAAAACUAUUUAGAAAACUUAAAAAAAAAGAAAAGAAAAAAAGGCCCGAUUUUUUUUCAGGAAAAUUCUGGUGAAAAUUCGAGGAAUAUGUUUUCUGUAAGCUUGUGUUAAAAAAAAAAACUUCGAAAUAAUAAAACUCAUUUUGUA